CAACGGACCUCAACACCUCCUCUUCCUCCUCUCUCCACACUGUCACACACCCAUCUCUCUCUUUCUUUCCUGCAGUCUUCUUCUCCAUUUGCCGGCGAUUUCUUCGUUUCCCAAUUUACCCCUCCCCCACCCUCUUAUACCCUUUGUAUCCAGUAAAUUUGAGAUUUUAGAGAUCUAAUUAGGGUUUUAUUUUUCUUUAAUUUUGAUUUUAAUGGCGGAUUCGGACAAUGAAUCAGGAGGGCACAACAACGCCCACAGCGAGUUGUCGGCUCGCGAACAGGACAGGUUCUUGCCCAUCGCUAACGUUAGCAGAAUAAUGAAGAAAGCUCUGCCGGCCAACGCGAAGAUCUCAAAAGAUGCCAAGGAGACGGUGCAGGAGUGUGUGUCUGAAUUCAUCAGCUUUAUUACAGGAGAAGCUUCCGACAAGUGCCAGCGCGAAAAGCGGAAGACGAUCAACGGCGACGAUCUGCUUUGGGCGAUGACCACGCUAGGGUUUGAGGAGUACGUGGAGCCCUUGAAGAUUUACUUACAGAAGUAUAGAGAGAUGGAAGGAGAGAAGAGCUCCCUGGGUAGGCAAGGAGAAAAAGAUGGUGCUGGUGGGUCCGGUGGAGGUGGUGCUGCUGCUAGUGGAGGUGGGUCGGGUGGAGGGGUGAGUUCAGGCGGUGUUGGUGGAGCAGGAGGAGGGUUUAACGGUGGUGGACAAGGGAUGUAUGGAGGGAUGAUGAUGAUGGGACACCAUCAAGGACACAUGUACGGCAGCGGUGGGUAUCAUCAUCAGAUGGGUGUCGGAAAAGGUGGCUCCGGCAACUCAAGGUAGGUGUUGGCAACAAGGGUCGUGUUGGGUUUAGUAUUUACUAUAUUUUCAUUCCUUAUUUGAAGAGAUUAAUCAACAUGGUUAGGUGUUCUGUUUGAAGGGAUCAAAUAAUUAAUGUAAUAUUGCAUAGUUCUAAUGACAGAGAGAUUGCUAAUUUGUAUUAUAAGCAUUAAUUUUUUUUACAUUUUAGCGAGAAAAAAGGAAGAAAAAAAGACAAAAAAAAACAUGGUUUCUUUGGCU